CUCAGGAUGCACUCAAAAUUUAAUCCGCUUCUUCCAAACGAAUAAAAAUCCUCCAAUUUUUUGAAAACCAGUAAAAAAUGAAAACUUUCGCCAUCCUCGCUGUCUGCAUUGCUGUCGCCUUUGCGGGCGUCGUCAACCAUCAAAAUUGUGGUGGUGACGGACAAGUCGUCCAAAUUAGGAUAAGCGAUUGCGAAGGGUCAAUCGCAGAAAUGAUUCCGGGCGUUGAAUACCUCUGCGAAGGCGACAUCAUCCCCGCCAACGCGUCGGAUGCGCUCCAUCUCACCGUGACGGUGCGCUACCAGGGCAUCGAUAUUCCCGUGAUUGACGCCGUCGUGCCCAACUCGACCGUGCUUCCGGACGUGCAGUACACGCUGGCCUGGUCCGUCACCCCAGGCGCGGUCCCCAUCGGGAACACGGUCCAAAUCACGUCCGCCGUCUCGGACGAGGCGUCAGGUGUGCUCGCCAUGUGUGCGACAAUCAUGGCGAAAAUUAUUGCUCCCGAAGAAACCACGACAAUGUCUGGGUCUGAACCGACGAUAUCUGCUGCGUACUAAAAUUGUUUGGGUAAUAUUCAUGAAAUUAAUUGUUUCCUGGUUUUAGGAAUUGGCAUAAUUAAUUGUUUUAAAUUAAUUUUGUAACAUCGAGAUGAACUGGGUGAAUAAAUUAUUUCAUAUUGUAA